AUGAAGGGCAGAGUGGGGAGGAAGAAGGUGUUCACUGCAGAGCAAGUUAAAGCAAAGCUCUUGCAAGUACCUCUUGCUCAACCCACCACGCUUCGAUCCAUUUCGGAACGCACAGACGCAAACAAGUAUGGUCGGAUGAAGCAUGCGGUCGAGUUCGUUGGCUCCACGUUAGAGCUGAACGACAUGCUGCAGUUUGUUCACUUGGACGAGAAAUGGUUUUAUAUUACAAAGAAAGAGCCAAAACGCGAGUGCAAAAGCAAACAGUAUAUUACGAAAGUCAUGUUCCUUUGCACGGUGGCACGUCCACGCUACAACCACACGACAGACAGCUGGUGGGAUGGCAAGAUCGGUAUUUGGCCCUUUGUCGAGCCCGUGGCAGCGCAGCGUGAUAGUGUGAACCGCAAAGCCGGCACCCUCGAAACAAAGUCAAUCACCGUGACAAAGGACGUGUACCGUACAUUUCUGCUGGACAAGGUCUUGCCUGCAAUCGUCGCCAAAUGGCCGUACGCCGAUCACACCAUCAAGUUGCAGCACGACAAUGCUGGCGCACAUGCCACGCCAGAGGACGCGAAACUCAAGGCGGCCCUGGACACGUACAAGGCACUCGGCUGGUAUAUGUCGCUCGCCCCACAGCCGCCAAACUCACCCGACACGAACGUCUUGGACCUCGGCUUCUUUGCUGCCAUCCAAUCACUACAGCACCGCAAGUCAGCACGUACAAUUGACGAGCUCGUUGGCCACGUGGAGAGUGCAUUCGUCGAGUACCCCUUGGCGCGUUUGAAUCACACGUUGACGCUGCAGUCCUGCCUGGUGGAGACCUUGAAGCUGUUCGGCGACAAUGCCUACAAGGUGCCACACAUGUCCAAGGAGAAGGAAGAGCGCAAAGGAAUGCUACCGCAAAACGUGUCGUGCCCGAGGGAUGUCUUCGAAGCAGCCAAGGUCAGGUUGGAUGGCGUGUCGUAUGCUAAGCUGGACUGUUUCCUAGCAGCCGAACUGGAGGAGGCUCGUUGCAUCGACGAGCUCGCGCAGGCACUCGAAACCAUUGCGCUGGACGACGACGAGCCGGACGACAUCAUGUCUGCCCUGUGUGACGCAGGAAUCGAUCCCAUUAGUGUAGAAGAUGACGAGUAA